AAGGAGAAACCCAAUUUUGGAACCUCGGGAGCUUUGGCAGCCGCAUCCAACGCGGUGGAACAGGCGGAUGGGUCAACAAUCACGCUCAAGUAUCACGAGCCAGCCGAGGCCCGAAAACCUUCUCCUCGCGACGAGUGGAAGCUUUUCGUCUUCAAGGGAGGAGACGUCGUAGAUACCAUCGACCUCAGCGCGCGAAGCUGCUGGCUGGUAGGCCGAGAGAUGGCCGUGGUGGAUUUGCCCGCCGAACACCCGAGCAUCAGCAAGCAACACGCCGUGAUCCAGUUCCGAUACACGGAGAAGAGGAACGAAUUUGGCGACAAGAUUGGCAAGGUCAAGCCUUACAUUAUCGAUCUCGAGAGUGCUAACGGCACCAUAUUGAACGACGACAAGAUCCCCGACAGCAGAUACCUGGAGCUCAGAGACAAGGACAUGAUUCAAUUCGGACACAGCACUAGAGAGUACGUCGUAAUG